CUCCCUCCUCCCACAAUGCACCGCACUGUUAUUGUUUGGGCUUCUUCAACAUGGCAGCCGCGGGCUGCCUCUUCCACAGAACCCUGGCCCGGUCCAGACCCGGUACUAACAAGGCAUCUCCAUCCUCUUCAGUCGUCUGCAGGGAGUUCCUCUAUGUGGUGGACUUGCAGCGUUAUACCAGGGACCAGGGCUUCCCCGUCUACUUCCCCCAGGCCGUCCUCAAAGGUGACGACUUGUACGACGCCACAUUGAGUGAUGGGGACUGCCGGGUUCAGGUGACUCUGGAUCCCGGUCUGAACCGGCUGGUGGAGAGGAACAUCCUGCGGCCUGGGCUUGCAGUGAGACACGCCACUUUCAGCACUGCCAUUACCGCACAGCUCCCAGAGUGCUCCGGGGCCUUUGGGGAAGGAGACAGCUACAGGCUGGUGAGCCUGGAGGUGAAGGACGAGGAUGAAGAAGUAGGGGUCAGAUGGUCGGAUGUGGACUGGGACUCUUUGCCCUGGUUUGGAUCCUCAAAAACUGAAGCAGGUCCUUUGGUUCCUCUGAGAGCCAGCAGGAGCGUCUUUCUCCCACUGUGGAACAAUGUGGACUACAGCGGGGAGGUGUGGAUGGAAGCUCCAGCCACUGAUAAAGAGGGAGCGGGUCAGGAAGCAGAAGAAGAGCCAGAGGAAGGACGAUGUCCUGCUGUGACCAUAUCCAAGUUGCGUGAGUCCUACCUGUACGGUCGCCGGGGCAUCACCAGAGGGGCCGUCCAGCACGAACUGAUUGUACGCAUCAUCAACAAAUCACAUCUCAUGUAUUAUGGGAGAACAGACAGGAACUGUGAGUGUCCUUAUAAGGCGGUGCUGGAAGUGCACGAUCGAACAGGAAAUGUGUGGGUGGUGUUGUGGAACAGUGUAUGUGUCAGCUGGUACCGCUGCCUCAAGCCUGGUGACAUCAUCAGCCUUAGACGCUAUCGAGUCAAACAGCAUUACCAGGCUGAGCUCAACGACAUAGAGAUCAGUGUGAACAGCAGAAAUCCUGCUGCACAGAUUUCUGUCCUCCAAGAAUCCUCUGUUUCACCUGAUUAUCUGCCCCCUGCACCCACCUACAGCUUCUACAACAGUAAGGAGCUGCUGGACCGCCCUAAUGGUGCUGAAUGUGAUGUUAUUGGCCUGCUGACGUUCUCAGGACGGCCGGAGCGAAUCAGGAGCAAGGAUGGCAGAGGGGUGGAGCUUCUGGAGUAUCGCUGGCUACGAUUGGAGGACGGGAUGAGUGAGCAGCCAGUCAUGGUGAAACUUUUCUCCACGUCUCAGCCAGAAACCCACCUGAGGCUGUACCCACUGUCCGUGGUUGUUUGUACACGACUGAAGGUGGUCAGGUCCUCGGAUCAAAGUCACAACUGCUUCUACCUGACCAACACCACCUACACACAGGUGUACUGCACAGGCCAGGGGCACCACUCAGAGAUGAGUUACCGCAGGCUCCGCCCAGUUCGGCAGUUCCUGCAGUGGCUGAGGAGCCAGGACGAUGAAGAGGUUCUGAACAGGGCCCUGAUUGGAGGCUUCUUCAUCUACCCACCCCCUCCGGUCUCCUUGGAAACAUACAUGAAGGACAGGAGAGGUGAGCUGGGAUUCCUGCAAGGGGCAGAGCUUAAGAGGGAGGUGGAGCGGCUCUGUUACAGGGAGAGACACACCUUCUGUAUCCAGGCUACCAUCACCAUGGUUACUUAUAGCCGCAGAGGAGAGGAGGAUCGCUGCUUGUUCUGGACAGACCGAGCUUCAUCUCUCUGCCCCUCCUCGGCAUCCUCUUCCUCGCCCUCUUCUCGCCACCGCUACGCAUCUCCCCCCUCCUCCCCCUCUUACUUCUCCCAACUCCCGUUACUUUCCACCCCUCAUUCCUUCAGACCUCCCCUCUCCUCCUCCCCCUCAUCCCCCUCUCUCUCUCUGGCCUCUCCGUCCUCACUGGUCAGUAAGUCGACGCCUUGUCCUCCGGACCGCAGAGCAGGCAGGAAGUCGUGGAAGAGGAAGCAGCUUCUGCAGGCGGACACGCCAACCAAGAGAAGUCCCCGGAUUACACUGCAGCCAGAGCAGAACAACAAGACGGUGAUUCUCUUUGAAGCCUCUAUGGAGUUCCUUGAAAACACAAACUCUGAUGACAACAAUGAUGAAGACGACGAAGACGAUGAUAAUGAUGAUGAAGACACCUCGUCUUUUGUUACUGCCCACACUUUGCCGGCCUUCUCGCCUGUUGCUGUGGAGACACUCCCGAUGCGUUACGACCACACCCACAGAGAGGAGCAGGUGGCUGCGGUGGCAAUGGGAGGGCGGGUGACGCCUGAGAGAUUUGACUCCACCCUCGAUGGCUACUACACAUUGAGACUGAGAGCUCUCUCAGACGGAGUGCUGAUCGACACCGUCUUUCUCCCCCAUGCCUCAUCUUCCUCUCCUGCUCCUCUCCUCUCGUCUCACUCCAACACCUGGACCUCCAUCUUAUCACACGGAGCCUUCUCCUCACACACACCUCCACCUUCACCAGGUGACCUUAUCGCUAUGGCGUCCCGGUUGACCAAUCAGAGGCUGGUGUGCAUUGUAGAGGCAUGUCAUCUGGGUGGAGCUACAACUGAACUCGUCCUAAGCAGAGCCUUUCAGCUGACCCACUGAUGCCUGAUGGGAGCUGUAGUAUGUACACUUAGUAUUACAAACGCUAUUGAGAGUUGUAGUUUUUUACACUAAUUUUAACUACAUUGUAACAUCUCCAGUGACAAAUUUAUACACUUUAUUGCUGUUCUCUUUUUUUCAUUGUUCUUAUUUACAAAACGCUGGGAGUUGUAGUACCACUUCAUCAAAGUACUCAAAGAGUACAGUAAUAUAACGAGGUAUUAAUAAAAUGUGUAUAGCAGGGUUUAUAAGCUUAAUAGAAGGAGGUAAAGAGUUAGAAGUGUUGUUGUUUAGGGUAAAAUUAGGCGUAAAAAGUCCUUUUUAAGACUAAUUUUGCUUUUAUUUUGAAUAAUACUCUAAGAUUGUGUUGGUUCAUGUUCGUACGGUUCAGUUUGGACCAUUUUGUAUUUACAGUGUAAAAUUAUUUCUCAUUUCCCUUAAAAUUCAGAUUUAUGACCUUAUUUUAUCCCCCAUUUUCCUCUUGUGGACUGUGACAUAAUAUUUAACAUUUUUCAAACUAAAACUAAACUAAAAAUUAACUUAUUUAAGCUAUAAGGAGAGAAGAGCUGAUGUGGCGAUUAAUGCGAUGUGGUUACUUUCUGUGCUUCUCACUGCUGCUGCUGCUGUUUCGUUGUUUGUGGUAUUUUCUGCCUUUUUACUGUAAAAUUUCUGUAAAGUAUUCACUGUUACAUUCAGUGUGUUUUCUGUGAAGGAGGCUUUGAAAUAGGAUUAACAUUUGUGCUACAAUGUCAGGUCCGCAGUGUUUUUGAAAUCCUGUCUUUGUUUACCUGUUUUCUGUUAUCUGUUCUUGCCAACAAAAAGCAUUUAAUAACUUUAAAUUAUAUUUUAUAUUUUAGUAUAUGCCAAACCGCUUUGUUAACCUUGAUAAAUUUUUGUUUUCCUGGAUUCACAGCUUGGGACAUUGUAUCUGUAGUAUGGAAAACAUUGUUGUUCUUCACUGAAUGUUCUUUGGAUUUCUACACAUGUGAAGUUUUUAUACUUCAAGCAAAUAUAUUUCAUUUAACAUCCCAAUAAAAUGUCGCCUCAUGUGAAUGUGAA